CGCGCGCCGCUCGGCUCCUUCACAGGGUGACACGUCUGCGAUUUUUGGACAAGUGGGGAAAGACAUAAAAAGCGACAAUAAAAAUAAAAAGGGGAAAAAAAAAAAGCUUUGGAGGAAGAUUGUACCAGGAAAACCUCACAGAAACCUGCUCAGCUCAUUUAUCCGAGGCACCAAUAUGAUGAUGAUGAAAGAAGAUUGUAACUAAAGAAGAGAGUGAUUUACUGCCCUGGGAAGGAGAAGAGAGUGGAAUAAACAGCUGAGAUCCGGUCAAAUCACAAAUACUACAUUUUUGUUUUUAUUGUUUUGUUUGGCUUUUUUUUUUUCUCCCCCUUUUUUUUGUGGUGUGUGUGCAGAGCGCGGUCGGGAGCGCGGCACUGGGACUGAGCGGGGCAGGCGCUGCCGUGACCGCCCGGAGCGCGGCCCGGCCCGGAGCCAUGGACGAUCAGUCCAGGAUGCUGCAGACUCUGGCCGGCGUGAACCUGGCCGGGCACUCGGUGCAGGGGGGCAUGGCCCUGCCGCCUCCCCACGGACACGAAGGGGCCGACGGCGACGGCAGGAAGCAGGACAUCGGCGACAUCCUCCAUCAGAUCAUGACCAUCACUGACCAAAGCCUGGAUGAGGCACAAGCAAAGAAACACGCCCUGAACUGCCACAGGAUGAAACCCGCCCUGUUCAGCGUCCUCUGCGAGAUCAAGGAGAAAACAGGUACGGGCCGCCCGCGCCGCCGCCGCCGCAGCCAUCUUAGCGCUGCCGCCUUCCGCCGCCGCCGGGCAGCGCCGCGGCCGCGCUGCCCUCACGGCGCUGCCGGGGGCGGGGGCCGGGCCGUCCGCGGGGAGCCC